AUGAGGGCAGAGGACAUUCCGAAGACGGCAUUUAAGACGCCCUCAGGACUAUACGAGUUUGUCGUGAUGCCGUUUGGCCUAGUGAAUGCCCCAGCGACGUUCCAAAGGAUGGUGGAGAACCUCUUCGGGGACCUCUACUGGAACGGGGUGCUCGUAUACCUGGACGACAUCCUAAUCCACGCAGCGACCCUGGAGGAAGUAUUUGCGAAGCUGGAAGAGGUGCUGAAGAGACUCCGAGCAAGUGGUCUGAAGCUGCGGUUGUCCAAGUGUUCGUUCCUACCGGAACAGGUCGAGUACCUCGGGCAUACGAUUACCGAGGGCAGGAUAGCCCCCCAGCCAAGGAAGGUGGAAGCGAUAGACGCCCUGCAGCCACCGCGGGACGUAAAAGGGCUACGAUAA